AAAGUAGACCAAAAUAAAGCCAAGACAGCACAGUCUCUCUCAUUGAACAUUGAACAAGAACACCACCUAUCACAAAAACAAACACACUCUGCAUUUCCAAACCAAACCAACAAUGGCAGAAAAACAAUCAAUAGUACUAUUCCCAUUCAUGGCACAAGGUCACAUAAUCCCAUUCUUAGCACUAGCCCUAAACCUUGAACAAAAAUCCAAAAACUACAACAUAAUCAUAAUCAACACACCACACAACAUCCAAAAACUUCAACCAUCACUCCCACCAAAUUCCUCAAUCAAACUCAUCACUAUCCCUUUCAUUUCUUCUGACCAUAAUCUCCCUCCAAACACUGAAAAUACCGAUACUGUCCCUUACAAUCUUGUCAUCAAACUCCUUCAAGCUUCUCUUUCUCUUCAAUCACCUUUCAAAAACAUCAUUAAAAACAUCUUAACCCAACAACCUCAAAAACACAAACUUUGUAUCAUUUCUGAUAUUUUCUUUGGUUGGACUUCAAUUGUUGCUAAACAACUCGGUGUUUUUCAUGUUGUUUUUAGUGGUUGUAGUGGUUUUGGUUUAGCUUGUUAUUAUUCUCUUUGGAUGAAUCUUCCACAUAGAUUCACAAACUCUGAUGAUUUUUCAUUAAGCGAUUUUCCAGAAGCGCGUUUCAUUCAAAGAAAUCAAUUACCAAAUAACAUUUCACAAGCUGAUGGAUUUGAUGAUUGGUCAAUUUUUCAAAGAAAGAAUCUUUCUAACUGGGUUAACUCGGAUGGAAUUUUAUUCAACUCGGUUUCUGAUUUUGACUCGGUUGGGUUGAAUUACUUCGUUAAAAAGCUUCAGAUUCCGGUUUGGUCGAUUGGACCGGUUGUUCUCUCGACCGGAAACGGUUCAAGAGGAAAAGGGGGUGGAGUAAACCCUAAAAUUAUCAAAGCAUGGCUUGAUUCAAAACCAUUGAAUUCGGUUCUUUUUGUUUGUUUUGGAUCAAUGAACACAAUUUCAUCUGAACAAAUGAUGCAAUUAGGAAUCGCGUUGGAAAAAAGCGGAAAUUUUUUCAUCUGGGUAGUGAGGCCACCAAUUGGAUUUGAUAUAAAUUCAGAAUUCAAACCUGAAGAAUGGUUACCAUUAGGGUUUAUGGAGAAGACUGUGGAAACGGGAAAGGGUAUAAUUGUAAAUGAUUGGGCACCUCAAGUUGAGAUUUUGUCACAUGGGUCAGUUUCAGCUUUUUUAAGUCAUUGUGGUUGGAACUCGGUGUUGGAAUCGUUGAGUUAUGGUGUACCGAUUCUUGGUUGGCCUAUGGCAGCUGAACAGUUUUUUAAUUGUAAGUUUUUGGAGGAAGAGAUUGGUGUUUGUGUUGAAGUUGCUAGAGGGAAGAGUUGUGAGGUUAAGUAUGAAGAUAUUGUUGAGAAAAUUGAGUUGGUUAUGAGUGAGAGUGGUUUGAAGAUUAGAGAAAAUGCUUGUAAGAUUAAGGAUAUGAUUAGGAAUGCUGUGAGAGAUGAUAAUGAAGAUGGAUUUAAAGGGUCUUCUGUUAGAGGUAUUGAUGAGUUCUUAUCAGCUGCUGAAAAGAGUAAUAAAGCAGCUACACUAAGUGAAUAAUUUGAUUCUGGUUAAUGUGUUUUAUAUACUGUAAUUUGUGUCUUGAGCUCAGAAAGUUGAGUAUUAUUAACCUAUUUUCAUGAAAUUUAUUAUGAUAUAUGGUAUAUGAUUGCAGUGGUUAGUAAUUUGAUUUUCUAUUUCUAAUAAUAGUAUGCAAUGCAAGUGUGUUACUACUAGUAUUUUCUUGUCUAUGUCUAGAUUUAGAUACAUUCAUACACACAGCAAAAGAGGUCCAAGCUUCAGAUGAUUAACAAGGGAAGGUUGUACUUGUACCCCAGUGACAGAUAUGUUAUAUGCUUUUGUGGGAAACCAAAUCUUUGAGGCAGAUGUGGACAGUUUAAGUCAAUAAGUUAUAGAACAAAAUUUUUUCCUUGUGUUUUGAUCUAUAUGAUGGGUAACUAUAAGUCUC